AUGACUUUGGGCAAAAUUCUACCCUCUCAAAAAUGGCUAGACGCUGCAAAUUCGAACAAAUUCGAGAAUAGUGAACUCGCUGUGGAAGAUUCAGCAAACUUCAAAUUCAACUUGGAAAAUCUGGUAUAAUUAAAGAAAUUCAUAUUUUUUCAAAUCCGAACGAUGAUUUUCAGGAAGCAUCGGAAAAAGGUUAUAAUAUUUAUUCGCCUUUCAAAAUUCAUCAAGGAAUGACUUUUCAAGAACACGCUGAAAAAUACAAUUUUCGCUAUGAUCUUUGGGAAGAAGAUUUCGGGUUUGCAUAAAAUUCUGUGAUUUUCAAUUGAAUCUUGAAUUUGUAGAAUUGCGAUCGAAAACAAUUGCACGAAAUGUGAACCGGAUGAUUCUGUUGAGAAUUGUUUUGCUUUCUCGUUCAGGGAACAGGAAAUACUUAUUGAUAUUGAUCUUGUUGAUUUUGGUAUUGAAGUGAGUUUUUUUUUUGAAAUUCACCGAUAAAUUCGAGAUCAAUAUUUUUAGCCGUGGAUUCUCGACCAUGUUCGUCCAAAAAUCCGUGUCACACAAAAAGCCAAUCAUCACACAGAUUCUGGUGCAAUUUUAGCAUUGGCCGUUCAAAUGGGACGUUGUGAGAAACCGCCGCAUCGUGUUUAUUUGCACGAAGAUGCUUUGGAUGUUGCGGAAGAUAGAACUCUUGGGGUUUGUCGAAGAGAAUGGGAAAUUGGGUCAGGUAAGUAUAGAAAACCAAAGUGGUUCCUCUAAAAACGCAAUUUUCAGCAGCGAAAUGGGAAGACAUGAUAGUUGAACUAAGCGAUUAUCCUUCAAGAAUGCGACAUUUGACAAUAAUAAUUGCUGGAAAAGACAAACCGUAUUGGAGAGGAUUUUUUGGACCGAAAAUUGCGAAUCUUCAAUUUCAAGUCAUUCUUCCAGAAGAGCCGGUCUUAUAUAAAUUGAGAGAACCUUUGGAUUGUGAAGAGAGAGCAGAUGAAAAAACGGAGGAAGAAGAGCUUGCUAGACGAAAAAUUCAACUUCUCGCAGACUAUUCUAAGAAACUCUGCGAUUCUUUUACUUAA